CCUGACUCCAGGCUCCAGCUACGCUAGGAGCGGGAGCGCGCAGGCGCUUCGUGAGGCUCAAAGAGCGCGGAGUAGCGGAGCUGGACGCGCGGGAAUCGUCACCCAGGGACCUGCUGGAAACCUCGAGAAAACAUGGGGAGGGUUUUCCUCACAGGAGAAAAAGCCAAUUCAGUAUUAAAACGCUACCCAAGAUCUAAUGGACUUUUUGAAGAAAUAAGACAGGGCAACAUUGAGCGUGAGUGCAAAGAAGAAGUCUGCACAUUUGAAGAGGCAAGAGAAGCUUUUGAAAAUAAUGAAAAAACUAGAGAGUUUUGGAGCACCUACACGAAAGCGCAACAAGGAGACAGUAACAGAGGAAGUGACUGGUUCCAAUUUUACCUUACCUUUCCAUUAAUCUUUGGCCUCUUCAUUAUCCUCCUUGUCAUUUUCCUAAUCUGGAGAUGCUUCCUAAGAAACAAGACUCGUAGACAGACAGUGACUGAAGGCCAUAUUCCUUUUCCUCAGCACCUUAAUAUUAUCACUCCAUCUCCCCCACCAGACGAAGUGUUCGACAGCAGUGGAUUGUCUCCAGGCUUUCUGGAAUAUGUAGUUGGGCGCUCAGAUUCUGUCUCCACUCGCCUAUCCAACUGCGAUCCCCCACCGACCUAUGAGGAAGCCACUGGCCAGGUAAACCUGAGGAGGAGUGAAACAGAACCUCAUUUAGACCCACCUCCAGAGUACGAGGACAUAAUCAACUCCAGCUCAGCCAGUGCCAUUCCUAUGGUGCCUGUGGUCACCACCAUCAAAUGAAGCUGCAAACUUCUUUUUACUCUAAUCGUUUUUAAAAUACUAAUGAAAGAACUUUCUAGCACUUUAC